AUGGACGCAUUCCCCGACUACCGCUUGCGCAUCAAGAGCCCGCAGCUAUGUGAUACCAGUGUCACACAGUACAGUGGGUAUAUGGACACCGAUGAGGACAAGCACUUUUACUUCUGGUUCUUCGAAGCGCGAAAUGUCCCCAGCGAUGAGGCACCUCUAAUUCUGUGGACCAACGGUGGACCUGGCUGCAGUUCCUUCACUGGUCUUCUGAUGGAGCACGGUCCGUGCCGUGUGAGCAAAGGUGGAAACAGCACCGAGUAUAAUCCUUAUGGAUGGAACGACCGCGCGAAUAUCAUCUUCAUUGACCAGCCGCUGAACACAGGAUUCUCGUAUGGAAAGAAGGUUGACAACUCGUAUGAUGCCGGAAAGGACGUCAACGUGUUCCUGCGCAUGUUCUACAAGAGUUUCCCGCAGUAUGCCAAUAGCGAGCUGCAUGUGUUUGGCGAGUCUUACGGCGGUCAUUACGUGCCAGCUAUUGGCAAAGCUAUCCACGAGGCUAAUCUGGAACUGGUCAAGAAGCGUGAAAUGAGCCUGCUUAGCAAAGCAGAGGCUGAGGUCGAUGUCCUUCCGCUUGUUUCAAUUGGUAUUGGUAACGGCUUGGUUGAUGUGUUGACUCAGCAUGCGUACUACGCCAAAAUGGCUUGCAACUCUACAUACCCACCCGUUCUUCCUCAAGAGACUUGCGACAAGAUGGAUGCUGCUGUUCCUACCUGCGACUUUUUGGUCAAGGCAUGCUACAAGUGGCAAACCCGCCUCGCGUGUAUCCCAGCCGAGUACUACUGCCUCAGUCGCAUCAUGGGUCCUUACAGCGAUGGCACGCACAACAACCCUUACGAUGUUCGCAAGAAGUGCGUGGGCGACAAUUUGUGCUAUGAAAUUGAGGACGAUAUCGACAGGUAUCUGAACAUUCCGGCUGUUCAGCAGGAGCUUGGUGUUGACGUGCCAAAGUUUGUCGGCUGCAACCAAAAGGUCAGCGAGGGGUUCCUUCUCAACGGCGAUUGGAUGAAGCCAUUGGUGCGUGAAAUCCCCCCGCUCCUUGAAGCUGGAAUUCGUGUCCUCAACUACGCUGGUGAUGCAGACUGGAUCUGUAACUGGUACGGCAACAAGGCAUGGUCGCUCAAGCUCGACUGGUCCGGCAAGGACGGUUUCAACGGGGCCGACGAUACUGAGUGGAAUGUCGACAGCGAGCAGGCUGGUGAGGCCCGCACCUUCGAGAACUUCACAUUCCUGCGUGUGUUCGGCGCUGGACACAUGGUUCCCUACGACCAGCCCAAGAACUCGCUGGACAUGAUCAACCGCUGGCUCGACGGAAAGCCGUUCUAG